AUGUAUUCGUGUCUGGCAAUUGCUAACGUGCCCCGCAAUCAGGGUCUGGCUAAAGAGGAUGUCGACUUUGAUUCAACAUGGAACACACUAUCCAUCGCCUUCCAAGAGAUAUUUGCCAAAAACGCUUGCAAGCUCUCCUUCGAAGAACUCUUCCGCAAUGCAUACAAACUGGUCUUGAAAAAAAAGCAGGAUAUGCUGUACGAUAGAGUGGUACAGCUAAUAGAGACAUGGCUGCGGGAUAACGUUCGCAUGAAGAUAUACUCACUCAUAACGCCGACUCUCUUGGCUGAUCGCUCGGAUCAAAAUGCCACCAUUCAAUCUGAGGAGAGCAGAGUGGCCGGCGAGAGAUUUAUCAGAGCCCUGAAGGACGCCUUUGCCGACCAUCAACUCUGCACCGGCAUGAUUACCGAUGUUCUCAUGUAUAUGGAUCGCAUGUUUGCUCAAGAGCAGAAGAGACCCCCGACUUUUGCAGCUUCGAUGGCGUUGUUUCGAACCCAGGUACUCAACACUCCCUUGCAUGACGACCCGACGAUCACUGUGCUCUCUCUAUUAGAGACCGUUCUUCUUGACAUGAUCAGGAUGGAACGCAAAGGUGAAAUCAUUGAUCGACCGCUAGUUCGUGCCUGUUGCUACAUGCUGGAGGGCCUCUACGAAACAUUCACCGAAGACGAACCCAGCAAAGUCUACCUCACAUCAUUCGAACCCAAAUUCCUCCAAGCGAGCCGCGAAUUCUACGCCACCGAAGGUCAAACUUUGUUGGUUGAGGCUGACGCAAGUACCUUUUGUACGCACGCAAGGAAACGUUUGGCCGAAGAACAAGAGCGGUGCCAGCAGACUAUCUCCCAAAUUACGGAACAAAAAAUCAAGGCUGUGGUCGAAAGGGAGCUAAUUUCGGCACAUAUUCGCGAUGUUAUCAAUAUGGAGGGUACUGGAGUGCGGAAUAUGUUGGACAAUGACAAGGUCCAAGAUCUUGCCAAUGUUUUCGAGCUCGUUGCCAGAGUGGAUCCGCGGAAAACUGCGCUGAAGGACGUGGUCAAGAAGCGCGUGAUAGAGCUGGGGAUGGAGAUCAACAAGGCUGCCAAUGUGAUUGGCGAUGCCACGCCUGCUCCAAAAUCCGCCCAGAAAUCCGGUGCUGACGGCAAAGGCAUUCAACAGGAGAAGGCGCUGAGCCAACAGACCCAGGCCGCCAUCGUGUGGGCGGAGCAGAUCCUAGCCCUAAAGGCGAAGCUCGACAGGCUCUGGAUUGAAGCGUUCCAGAAAGAUACAAUACUGGAAAAAGGCCUGGAAAAUGCAUUCCAAGAUUUCAUCAACAUCAACGAGCGAAGCCCCGAGCAUCUGUCUCUUUUCCUUGACGAAUAUCUCAAACGGGGGGGAAAAGACAAGAGUGAUGCUGAGGUUGACACAAUUCUCGACAACGGUAUCUUACUUCUCCAGUACCUCGCGAACAAAGACACGUUCGAGACGUAUUAUAAGAGGCACAUGGCCAAGCGCCUCCUGAUGAAGAAGUCCGUCAGUCGAGAAAUGGAACGCCAAAUGCUUUCAAAGAUGAAGAUGAAGAUUGGCAACCAAUUCACCCAGAAGUUGGAGGGUCUGAUUAGAGAUACAGAGACAUCGGACGAUCUCAACAUGAAAUACAGAGAAUACGUCAACCAACUCGGCGACCCCGAUCCAAAACGCGUUGAGCUGGAUUGCAGGGUCUUGACUACCACUAUUUGGCCGUUUGAAACGCUUAGCAAAUCCGACGAUGACGGUACCAGAAACGAGUGCAAAUUUCCAGCUCCGGUCGAACAGGUACGACAGAGGUUUCAGAAGUUCUACCUUGAUAAGCAUACUGGUAGAAAAUUGACAUGGAUGCCCGGGCUGGGUGACGCUGACAUGAGAGCUACCUUCACAAAUGGCGGGAAGACGCGACGAUAUGAACUCCACGUCUCGACCUAUGCCAUGGUCAUUCUCAUGCUCUUCAAUGAUCUCCCACCGGGAGAUUGUCUUACUUUUGAGCAGAUUGCAGCCGAGACCAAUAUUCCCAAGCCUGAGCUCAUCCGCAACCUGCAAUCGCUGUCGUUGGUGAACAGGUGGAGAGUUCUCCGGAAAGAACCUGUGUCGAAAGAUAUCAAGCCCUUGGACAGAUUCUUUUUCAAUGAAGACUUCACCAGCCAGUUUCUCAAGAUCAAAGUGAGCGUAGUUGCUGGAGGUGGCGGCAACAGGGUUGAGAACCAGGAGGAACGCCGCGCGACCCAGAAGCGGACAGAAGAAGAGCGUGGGAUUGUCAUCGAGGCGGCAAUUGUUCGUAUCAUGAAGUCGCGCAAGAGUCUAUCGCAUUCCCAGCUUAUGACAGAGACUCUGGCUCAAAUCUCGUCGCGAUUCCAACCCGAUGUGAAUAUGAUCAAGAAAAAGAUCGAGGCUUUGAUAGAGAAGGAGUACUUAGAAAGGGGGCCUGAUCCAGCGAAACCUUCAUACAAAUAUCUGGCUUGA